CCAGGUUGCCACACGUCUCUAUGCCAACUUCAUUCAUCGAUUCGUAGUGGCCAGAUUCGGCAGCGGCAGCAGCAGAGCUCUCCGGCAAGACACAAGGCCCGUCGUCCCCGCCGUGUGCACUCUCCGUCCUGAUCGUUCAGCCAGUACGUGUGUGGAGAUCGUAGAUUCCGGAGGAUUUCCGCGUUCCGGUGGCCAAUUGCUGUGUUUUGUGUCUGCGUGCGUGUGUGUAGUAACUCCUCUCCGACUUCCGUUUCCCGCGCGCGUCCCGGAUUCUCCGUCGGAACCAUCUUUUUUUUGCCAACAAAGAGCGGAGAGCGCUCUCGCAAGAGAAGGCUCUGGCCAACUUGGAUCGAUUAAUCGCGACAUGUCCGUCGUUUGCCGUGGUCGUCGUCGGUUGUAGAAAGAAGCAGCGCAAAUUUGGUGUGUGAUUUUUUUGUUUGUGUGGUGUGUGAAAGCCCCCAGAGCAUCGGUUCCGGUUUUUGUCCACCGUGUCCCACCGCAACAACAGUGAAAGUAUGAAUCUUUGAGGAACGGUGAUCCCGCGGACCACAAGCAGUUGUGUCUGAGCAAAGUUUUGCAGCCCUUUUUUGGUUUUGUCGUCGUCUUCGGUCGUCGUUUUUUGUUCCAGAUUACUGCGAUCCCCGAGGAAUUUCUUCCGCAAGGAUCCCAUCUGCCGAUAUUUUCGUUUGCAACCGUUCCAUUUGAUCCCAUCAAGAUUCUACCAACCAGGAAAAUGCGUCCCCGUAUCGAGAGUUCAAUUGGCGACGAUGCCAUGGAGAGCCUCGGCUAUCUCAAGUUCACCGACGAAAGCAUGAAGUCCAACUUCUUGCAGAGCUUAAGCACCAUGCGCCGGCACCGGCUUUUUUGCGAUGUGAUUCUUUUGGUCGGCAACACGGAAAUCCACGCCCACCGCAAUGUCCUGGCGUGCGUGUCCCCUCACCUGAUGGAGCUGUUCAGUUCGGACGUGGACACCGUCAACGGCGCCACCGCCGACGGGAAGGCUCCCUGCUACCGACUGAACGGCCACAUCACGCUAACCGGGCUCAGGUUUCUGGUCGAGUACGCCUACACCGGCUCGCUGGAAGUGCCCGGAGACAUGAUACGCGAUGUGUAUCUGGCUGCCUGGCAGCUCAAGAUUGACACCGUGGUCAAGGAAUGCGCCCGGCACAUGGUGAGCGACCUCGAGCCGGAGACUUGCAUCGAAACGCGCUCCCUGCCCGGUAUCAACCGGAACAAGCACUUUGUCCAGGACGUCGACGCUUACAUAGCGAAGAACUUUGCGGAGGCCUCGCAGCAGCCGGCUUUCCUCCAACUGCCGUGCGUCCUCAUCGAGGUGCUGUACCAAACUAAGCAGGAAAUGACGCUGGUGACCGAGGCUUCCCUUUGCCGCCUGGUUCUGGACUGGAUCCGUCGUCAAAUGAUGGAACAGGGCAGCUCGGUAUCAAAUCUCUUGGAGCGCUCCCAUCUGCUGUAUCUUGCCCUGGACAACUCGCUGCAGGAUUGCUCAGACCUGCCUCCGGGCCAGGAAGCCGACAGCGAUCUGGUGCAGGACUACAAACGGUUGGUGCUCAAAUGUCCCGGCAACAAGAAGCACCGCAAGGGCCUGAAAACCCCAAACCGACCUCGUGUAAUUCUGUACAACCGAGACAUCGGCGAACGCGACGAAGACACCAGCCAGGACUGCGACUGGACCCUGAUCGGCAGCUCGAAGAUUUCCGACCACACGUUCAUCUCGCUGGUCACGCUGAACGGCAACCUGUCGCGGUUGUCGAUCCAGCUGCGUCUGAACGUGCCGACGACGCCGUCGCCGAUCACCACUCCGGACGUGCUCAGCGCCAGCGUCAGCCGGGACGAAGAUCUGAGCGAGGCGCAACAACCGGAGCUGUUCUGCGAGGUGGCCACCAUGUCCGGACCCAAGUGCGGACUCGGAGUGGCCGAGCUGGAGGGCAAGCUGCUCGUUUGCGGUGGUUACGACCGGGCCGAGUGCUUGAAAUCGGUCGAAUCGUACUGUCCCGUGUCCAACAGUUGGACCCAGCAGUGCAACAUGGGCGAGGCCCGCGGCCGGGUGCAGAUCGCCGUGAUCAACGGGACGGUGUACGCCGUCGGCGGCUGUAACGGAACCACCGAACUGGACUCUGUCGAGUGUCUCUCGAAGCUGGACAAAAAGUGGCGCAAGAUGUGCCGGUUGCCGCUGGCCCGCAGUAACGCGGGUGUGUGCGCGCUGAACGACAAGAUCUACUGCAUUGGCGGGUGGAACGGGCAGAGUGGAAUCCGGCAGUGCGACGUGCUCAAGCCGGAGGACAACAAGUGGAUGUCGAUCGCGCCUUUGAACACGGGGCGCUAUCAGGCCGGGGUAGCGGCGUACCAGGGCAAGCUGUGGGUUGCCGGAGGCAGUGAUGCUUGGAACUGCUUGGGCUCGGUGGAGGUGUACGAUCCGGAGACGGAGCAGUGGACGUUUAUGCCGUCGCUGUUGACGCCGAGACGCGGUUGCGGUUUGGCCGAGUUCAACGGUAAGUUGUACGCCGUGGGCGGAAGUGACGGGACGCACUCGUUGAGUACGACCGAAUGCUACGAUGAGGCUUCCAAGUGUUGGGUUGCGGGACCGAAUCUGACGACGCCGCGGUCCAUCGUGUCGGUGGCUGCCGUCCAGAACCGGUUGUACGCGAUCGGAGGCUUUUCGGGCAAGACGUUCCUGAACACUAUCGAGUAUCUGGACGCCUCGUCCAACGAGUGGACCACGUUUGUGCCGCAAACGAACGAGAACAUUGACAGUCUGCUGCAGAAUGCCAUCUUUAGCGGGCGGGCGGGAUCUUCGUCGACGUCCUCGUCGCCGGACAAUUUGAGCGGCCAGAACGGGGACAGCGAGCACACCUUCAAGCCGAUCAAGACCGUCGAGGUGAACGCGUACAACCUGGAGCGCGGCAAAGCCUCGUCGACGGACAAGGAAGUGUCGCAGAUCAUGGCACCCGAAGCGUCCGCCAAAAAGCUUGCCAUCGAGGACGUUGAAGAAUCGAAUAGUGGAGAAAUUAAUGGUACAAACAACACACACGAUAGCAGUAUUAAACUACAGAAAAUUCUGGCAAACACGUGCGCGGAGAUCGCCGCCAACGGACACAACGGCAGUUAACUACCGGCCGCCGUCCCGGAACAGCCGUCUUCGUUGCUCUCAGUGUCCGGUGCUGAGUCUGAGCUAGACUAGCUGCAGGCUCGUGUGUUUAAAAGAUUUCGCGGUUUUUCGGUGGUUUUCUGGAUUAUAUAUAUUAUACACAACAUUGAACUCAAUAUAUUUGAUAAGUGAUCUUUUUUACUACUAUUAAGAUUAAAAGCAAAAGAAAACACGUAGUUUACUAUCAGCAGUAAUUGUAACACAAGAUCAGAAAAUUUAUACUAUUGUGGUGAAUGUAUUUUAGCGAAAUAAAACAGAAAAGUUGUUACAUCAGGAAUCACAUGGAGCCACAACCACUGUUGAAAAUAGUUGAAAUCCAAGGGAGAAAUCAAGAAGGAUAACACACUGCUACCGAGACUAUAAGAAGAAAGCUGAUCAGGUUGUUACUCGAUCAGUGUGUAGCGAUCACCACUUUCCCUCCGUUUUCGAUGGGCAACAUUUCAUCACCGCUCGUACGCUUCCGAGGCAUAGCAAGCAGCCAAUGCAAUAAGAAAGUCCAAUUCCGUUGAUGUUUCCAACAUUUGCAUCCGAAAAAUCUCCUCCAGCUGGCUUGAAAUUCGAUGUGAACACAUGUUUCACGGUGAAGCCCACUGCAAAAAGUAUGACGGGGAGGGAUAUUAGCUCGAAAUGAUUAGCUCGAAAUUGUAUCGUCACGGUGUAUCAAGGCGCUGUCAUGUUUCAAAGGCGAUUUUUACACGCUAACAAUAAUAUCUUAUUUCUUGGUUAAUUUUCGACUAACCGAACUUCCUCAAAAAUAUUAGUUUUUUUUUUAAUUUCUUUUCACUCAUUUCUGAAAAGGUAAUUUUAUAAAAUCCUAACAAAUAAAGUAAAUAAUCUUGUUCCAGAAAAUAGACCCAAAAUUGAAUAAAAAGAAAAUUUCCAAAACUUAUAUCAAACAAACAGGUUAGAUUCUGACGAAGUAUGAGUGAAAAUAACUCAAAAUUAAAUUAUUUUGAGUGAGUGUGUAGGGAGCAUCUUUAACGAGCCUUGAUACACUGUAACGAGAUAAUACUCAUUUUAAGAUAAAAUCUCUCCCCGUCAUACUUUUUUCAGUGGGCUGCACUGCAGAAUAGGAGCUCAAUUCCAAUUUCACGGCAGUCGGAAUAGAUUUUUUCUUUUCGACAACAUCCAAUUGUGGUCCAUUCGUUUUGAACCUAGCGCGUAAGUACAUUUUACACUCACACAUCUACACUAAUUUGCAUUCGUUGACGAAACAAAAAAAAAAUAAAACCACUUAUCCUAGCGUGUAAGUCAGAGCAGGUGGAUUAAAUACGCAAAGAAGAAAAAAAAGAAAGACAAAACAAUUGUGCGAAACGCAUCCACGUAAUGUUUAGGGAAAAUUCUUAGUGCUAAGUGAGAGAAACAUAAACAAAACAACAUUUCUACACAUAAACCAAUAUAAGUAGUAGGUGGUAAGCAACUAAUCUACAACUUACAAAAACUUCUCGAUGGUUUACUUGCUCUGAACCCCGCCCUAAAAAUACACAUUUAGAACAAUGGAUAUUUUAGACUGGUUUACAUUGUGCAAACAUUUACACGGGAAAUAAAAAGAAGCCACCCAAAACCGCUGUUCACACCUAGCGUCUCUGUUUUAGUGACUUGUGUGCGGUGUUUUGCAGAACGAAAACAUAAAAGAGUACGAAACAUGCAUUUUCUACUGAGAAAACAUAUUACUAGACAAAUAACUCACCAGGAACUAAAAGCAAACGUAACGAGUAAAAGCCAUACAAUUUUCUUCAUAAGAAAAAUAAUGAAACAAAAAUAUCAAAAACUGAACAGAAACGGCGUGGUAUAAAAACAAGAACGGUCACCGAAGCGCACGUGUUUGAACGACAACCAGCGCGUUAAAUUCCUAAUUAAAGUGCUAUAAUUACACCAACCGUUAGUUUUUCCCCUUCCCAGAACAUGAUUCUAAUUCUAAACCUUAAAGGUCCCCCCCUUAAUGAUAGCGAUACAACAUUGUGAUUCUUGUUUUGACUCGAUUUGUCCUCCCUCCAAAAUCCACAAAAGAUCAACCAAGGGGCGCAGCGAGUGGCAUUCAUUUUUUUCUUUGAAAGAAGUAAAAUUUUGCCAUUUUUACGUUCGUUUCGCUGCGCUGCCCAAAAAAGGGAACCAUCGCGAACCCAUAAGUUAGUAUAAAAGAAAAUGUGUUAACAUUUAAGCGUAACAUUCUGAGGUCUUGACAGAACAAAAAAUAUUGUCCGGAAAAGCGAGGAGAGAAGGACACCCGCCCCAGAAAAGGGUGUCUACCUAGAAAAGAGGAGCAGAAAUUGUUGAAAGUUGGUAAUAAAGUUUAAGAAGGCUAAAA